CCUGACCAUCAGCUGUUCAGGGAAAAAGAAAAUGCAUUUAAAAGAUAAAAGAGAUAAUUAAAAAUCAAUUGCACAGCAAGUGGCCACCGAAAAGAGUGCAAAACGGGCGGAGAACACUUCGCGUCAUCCACAGGGCGCAGUAACUGAUCCGAACUGCUCCACUUCCAGUCCAAAUCCGAUUACCCGUUUCGCAGGCAACGUUAAGUGUGCCAACGCCACAACGCCCCCACCCAGAAGUCCAUAGAAACGCCAGCAGCGGAAGUGGAAUCACGCUCCACUGGCCCCUAUCCCACUGCCACAAGAUGCACCUCAGCGCGGACAUCUCCAGUGCCCUGCAGCAGAUCGAGGCUGUGAAGAAGGGUAUCGAUGAGUCCGACGACCCUAAGCUGCAGAUGCAGACGGCCGAGAGCCUCAGCACCAUCCUGGGCAUCUUGCAGGACCCCGUCUUUCGCACCAUCGUCCAUGUGCAGGACUCGCUAUCCGAGCUCAAUGCCCAGCUGGCCCAGCACCCGUCCAUGUUGCCCAACGACUUCGACAUUGAUGUGGCCGGCAACCUUGUGCUCAGCCUGAAUGGCGGCGAGGUCAUGUACGACUUUGACGACCAGCGCUCCUUGCACUCCCACUCGUCGCCUGGAAGUCCGGAUAAGUCGGGCGAGGAGCCGCGCCCGCAGAGCCAGAACUCUAAGGGAGCUGGUGUGGCGGAUCUGUACGCCACAGACUACGCCCAAAUCCAGGCCAUAGAGCUGGUCAACGACGGCACGGGCCUGGGGUUCGGCAUCAUUGGAGCCCGCAACUCUGGUGUGAUUGUUAAGACUAUCCUGCCGGGUGGCGUGGCUGAUAGGGAUGCACGCCUACGUUCGGGGGAUCACAUCCUGCAGAUUGGAGACGUCAACCUGCACGAAAUGGUCUCCGAACAGGUGGCCGCCGUUCUAAGGCAGUCUGGAACCCACGUUCGCCUGGUGGUUGCCCGUCCCGUCGAGCAGAGCGUUCCCACGCCUCAGUACGCCCUGGAACCAGGCACUGCUGUGGUGCCCACGCGCGUCCUCGUGGAUCCCGCCGAGCUGGAGCGGUAUCUUAUUUCCACCGGCUAUCCGGAGAUCUUCGGCGAGAGCUCCACAGCCUCUACACCGCAGACCACCACAGAAGAUGAUCGAUUUGUGUAUCGCGGUGAGACCUCCAUGCUGAUUGAUCCCAACAUCGACCUCGAGGAACUGCUGGCUCUGCCCGAGACCGAGAAACUGCAGGUGGAGCUAAAGAAGGACGCCAACGGCCUGGGCAUCACCAUUGCCGGCUACGUUUGCGAGAAGGAGGAGUUGUCUGGGAUUUUUGUGAAAAGUGUCUCGCCAGGUUCGGCGGCGGAUCUGAGUGGCCGUAUCCGAGUAAACGAUCGAAUCAUCGAAGUGGACGGCCAGUCGCUGCAGGGCUACUCCAAUCACCAGGCCGUUGAACUGCUGAAGAAGUCUGGUCAGGUGGUGAAUCUCCGCUUGGAACGCUACCUGCGAGGACCUAAAUUCGAGCAACUGCAGCAGGCAAUCGCUGCUAACGACAAGCUUCCAUCCAGCGCUCCUGGAACGCCUUCAAGGGCUCCCUUGCCCACACCAGUCGCAACCACAUCCUCGGCCACAACUACGCCAUCACGCAGUAUAACCCGUGAGUUGGAUGAGGAAGCACUACCGGCGCCGGAAGCGUUCAUGACCACACCGCCGUCGGUCACCACAAUGACCACAACCACUUUGAGCUCCUUUGGAGCGGGUAAACAAUUGGUGGCGGUAAGAGAUUCUCUUGAUGGCUCCACGAAGAUCAUUCCCACGGAGGUCGUACCCCUGGCGGAUAAAACAGAGGCCAAGAACAGCGGUGUCAUCACCCGUCACAAGUAUUACACCGAUCCCGAGCUCUCCGACGACGCGGAAACCGAGAUCAUCCGUAAGUGGCAGAAGAUUGUUGGCUCCGAUGUGGAGGUUAUUGUGGCACAGAUCAAGAAAUUCGCCGUCGGCGGCUUGGGAAUAUCUUUGGAGGGAACAGUGGACGUAGAGGGCGGACGGGAAGUGCGACCACACCACUAUAUCCGCUCCAUUUUGCCCGAUGGACCCGUAGGCGUUAAUGGAGUUCUCCGCUCUGGAGAUGAACUGCUGGAGGUGAACGGCGAACGGUUGCUGGGCAUGAACCAUCUAGAGGUGGUGGCUAUACUCAAGGAACUGCCUUUGGACGUUCGCAUGGUAUGCGGGCGCAACAGGAACACCUCGUUGCUGCCCUUCUCGGAUGACACCCUGAAAAAGCUGAGCAACAACUUUGAGAAUCUGCUGCCCGCCACUGACCGCCUGGUGAAGGCCAAGUCGGAUGGGAGUCUUGCCACCGCUGGCUCUGUGGCCGAUUGCGAUUCAGUGGCUGCUGCCGCCUCGUUUAGCAAGCUCAAGUCACGUUCCCUGGAGCCGUUGACCGGAUUGGCCAUGUGGUCAUCCCAACCGCAAAUCAUCGAACUGGUCAAAGGUGAUCGCGGCCUGGGCUUUUCAAUACUGGACUAUCAAGACCCGCUUGAUCCCAACGACACUCUGAUUGUUAUCCGUUCUCUGGUUCCCGGAGGAGUGGCUCAAUUGGAUGGCCGCCUUAUUCCCGGUGACCGUUUGCUAUUUGUCAACUCUAUCAACCUGGAGAAUGCCUCGCUGGACCAGGCUGUGCAGGCUUUGAAGGGUGCAUCGAAGGGAGUGGUGCGUAUAGGUGUGGCCAAACCGCUGCCUAUGACCGACAACUCACUGAAGGCCUGUAGCAAUGCAAGCACCACCAGCGAAGAGACCCUGGACGCGCAGCCCUCGCCACCAGCCUUGCCCACAGCAGCACCGCCGGCUAUGCCGCCCACUGCCUCCAAAGGAGCUGAACCGGAUCUGAUUCCUGACUGGCGAAAUUAGGGAGAUAUAGGGAAAAAUCGAAACAUUCCAGGCAGCUGAAUCUUUAACCCUGUUUCUCCAACCUAGCAAAUCUGGUGGCAUCGGAAUCGGAAAGUUAUUGGCAGUUAAUUUCUUUGAAUGAAAAAAGGAUCCUUUAGUUACUACUAAGGCUACUAAAACCAUUCCGAUUUCGCCAAAUUUUGAAGGAUGUAAGAGAUGCAGGACUUAUUGUUAUUACCGAAUCAAAAUGUUAUAAAUAUUAUUAGCACCGAAUUGUGUUUGUCCCCUUAACACGCGCAUUCCACAAGCAUGCAAUAUCUAAAACCCCCUAGUAUUAGACAAUGAAUUUUAACAUGGUAUUUCCAAAGUGUAUGUACUUAAACUAAAUUAAAUAAUAUACCUUCCGUA